CGAUAGACCCCGAUAGGUUCGGACAAGACAAAGAACAAAAUGUUCUCUGCAAAAGCUGUGCUCGUUUAAAAACGCAAAAAGUCAGUGCAGUUUGUGCAUUGUCAGUGGUGCAUAAGAUUGUUCUAUAAAUAGCGAAAAAUGAAAAUAAACUGCAGGCGAAAUAGGAAAAACACCUUGAGUUGAGUGCAACGGCUGUGCGAGUGUGUGUGCGUGAGAGCGAGAGUGCGCUCGUGUGCGUGUGUGUACACAUGCAUGUGGAUAAACGAAAAUAAAACCAGGGACCGCCCCCCGCCGAAGAAUAGCCACCCCGCAAAGUUCAUCACCCUGCCCAGAAUCGGUGGCACUGCAUCGCGCUAAAUCGGCCACUUUCCAUUAUCCGCAUCCACCGCCCCUCCCGCUCCCUUGGUCCUUCAUCCACCUCCUGGGAAAACAACAACACCAACAACCACCAGCGCCCUUGCAACAACUGUUACAAAAGAGCAAGAGAGAAGACACCCCGCACACUCACACUCACACACAAUCACAGAGACACACGCACACACACAAGCAGAGAGUGUCCUCGCCAGAAACUCGAAUUUCCCAACCAAACAUCCCGAAUCUGAGGCCCAAAUCUCAAGCGCCAAUCCGCCGGAAUGGACUCGGACAUCGAAAUGGAUAUGGAAUCGGACAACGACGGGGAGUACGACGACGACUACGACUACUACAACACAGGCGAGGACUGCGAUGUGGAGCGCCUGGAUCCGAAGCGGGCCGACCCGGAGUACUUUGAGUACGAGUGCCUAACCGUCGAGGACAUCGAGAAGCUGCUGAACGAGCGCGUGGAGAAGCUGAACACCAUCCUGCAGAUCACACCCUCGCUGGCCAAGGUGCUGCUGCUGGAGCACGAGUGGAACAAUGUGGCCGUCGCGGACAAGUACCGCCAGGAUGCCAAUGCGCUGCUGGUGACGGCGCGCAUCAAGCCGCCUUCGGUGGCAGUGACGGAUACGGCAUCCACGAGUGCAGCAGCGGCGGCGGCCAGUGCCCAACUGCUGCGACUGGGGAGCAGUGGGUACAAGACGACGGCAACGACGGCGCCACAGUACCGCAGCCAGAUGUGCCCCGUCUGUGCCAGCUCGCAGCUGGGGGAUAAGUUCUACAGCCUGGCGUGUGGGCACUCGUUUUGCAAGGACUGCUGGACCAUAUACUUCGAGACGCAGAUCUUCCAGGGAAUCUCCACGCAGAUCGGCUGCAUGGCCCAGAUGUGCAAUGUUCGAGUGCCCGAGGACUUGGUGCUGACGCUGGUCACACGACCCGUGAUGCGUGACAAGUACCAGCAGUUCGCGUUCAAGGACUAUGUGAAGUCACACCCGGAACUGCGCUUCUGUCCCGGGCCCAACUGCCAGAUAAUUGUGCAAUCAUCGGAGAUCUCCGCCAAACGUGCCAUUUGCAAGGCUUGCCACACGGGCUUCUGCUUCCGGUGCGGCAUGGACUACCACGCGCCCACCGACUGCCAGGUGAUCAAGAAGUGGCUGACCAAGUGCGCCGACGACAGCGAAACGGCCAACUACAUCAGCGCCCACACCAAAGACUGCCCCAAGUGUCACAUCUGCAUCGAGAAGAACGGCGGCUGCAACCACAUGCAGUGCUUCAACUGCAAGCACGACUUCUGCUGGAUGUGCUUGGGCGACUGGAAGACACAUGGCUCGGAGUACUACGAGUGCUCCCGCUACAAGGACAACCCCAACAUUGCCAACGAGUCGGUGCACGUGCAGGCGCGCGAGGCGCUGAAGAAGUACCUGCACUACUACGAGCGCUGGGAGAACCACUCCAAGUCCCUGAAACUCGAGCAGCAGACGAUCGACCGGCUGCGCCAGCGGAUCAACUCGAAGGUGAUGAACGGCAGCGGCACCUGGAUCGACUGGCAAUACCUCUUCAACGCGGCGGCACUGCUGGCCAAGUGUCGAUACACGCUGCAGUACACCUAUCCGUACGCCUACUACAUGGAGGCCGGUUCGCGGAAGAAUCUCUUUGAGUACCAGCAGGCACAACUGGAGGCCGAGAUCGAGAACCUGUCGUGGAAGAUAGAGCGCGCCGAGACAACGGACCUGGGUGAUCUCGAGAAUCAAAUGGACAUCGCCGAAAAGCGCCGCACCACGCUACUGAAAGACUUCUUCCCAGUGGACGCAUAGGCAACCGUCGUGCUUCCAGGGCCACCAGAACGGACAGCCAGUCUUGUUUAGCACAAAAACUCUUUGAUUGACUGCUGACAGGUCGACGUGACGCGACAGUAUAGAGACGCUUAUUUAAAUUAAAUUAUACACAUACAUGUAUCCAUCUAGCAGUAGGCCCAACGACGUGUAGCUAAUUUUUAAAUUAAACUAAUAAUCAAGUGCAUAUAGACUAGAGAACGUAGCAUAUAGCAUAGUCGACUACUCGAAGUAUAAUAACUAUAGUUGUGACAUUCGAAAUCACUCAAAAUGAUCGGUGUAACUGCAAUACAACGCCUUGCGCAGAAUGUUAACGAUAUACAGUAGCUAUAGCUAAUGCCCUAGCGUUAACGAUACCGGUAGCUAUACCAUAACUAUAAAAUUAAAUUUUAAUCUAGCAACUGACUUAACUGACAAACCAGACGCAUUUCAGUGGCCAAGUGUUCCAACAGUUUUCCAAAAACUAGCCCAAACGACCCGAUGAAAUGCAGAAACAGCAACAGCAACUGAAACUGAAACAAUUCUAAAUGUAUAGCGCCGCAAGUCAAGCAAUUAUAGAUCAAAGACCGCCUAAACAGAUCGGCUCAUCGGUUAGACCCUAAGUUUUAAAUCUUGUAUUAGCCCCGCGUAAACAGCAUCAAGUAUUCGCAAUCUGUAUCUCGCCACUAAUCGCAGCACAUCAAUCGAACGCAAAGUCGUGAUUAAUAACGAAGCUAGAUACUCCACGUCCCCGUCCCCGAUCCCGUUCCUUUUGAUUCUCACUCGAUUCUCGAUUAAAGUUGUAAGCUGAAUCAUAAAUUAUAAUCUAGGAUUACGCUAUGUAUGUAUGCUUAUGCGACUGAAUUUGAAUUAAAUUUACACUAGAUAUACAAA